AUGCUGCUGAUAUGUCUUUUCAUGAUGGCUCUGGUUCUAUACCCAAGGCAAAGUGCGGGGUACAACUGCUCAUCUACAUACAAUCGGAUCCCAGACAACAGCGACCUGACGGUAGACUGCGGUACCAGCACGAUCAGUCUGGAGGUGAACCUCUGCACCGUGCUGUGGGCAGGGUAUGACUGGAGCAACCUGGCCUUGAACAGUCAGCACAACAACAGGCUCUGCAAGGGCGUCGAGGACACCAGCGUGAACCCGCCCAUCAUCCGGUUCCAGCUGCCCCUGAACUCCAGCCAGGAAAACCCCUGUCGGAAGUCCCUGAGGAUUGUUGAUGAGACACCCACCUCUGGUGUGUUCGGUUCCUUCUCCAAUAUCCAAUCGAUCAUCAUCACAAGCUUCAUCGACACACCGCAGGCUACAGACGGUGUGAUCAGCUACUCCACAGAUCUGUACUACCACUUCUCCUGCCGAUACCCACUGGAGUACCUCCUCAACAACACCCAGAUCACAUCAUCCUCAGUCUCAAUCGCUACCACAGACAGCAAUGGUACCUUCAUCAACACUCUCAGCAUGAGUGUGUACAAUGACACUGACUACGAGUACCCCCUUGUGGUUCCAGAGACAGGGCUUGAUUUACGCACCAAGGUUUAUGUGGAGGUCAAGGCUACUAACCUGACGGGAAACUUCCACGUGCUCCUGGACCACUGUUUCGCCACCCCCACUGCGUACAAUAUGUCGGCCACCGAAGAACAUGACUUCUUCAUCGGGUGCAUUGUGGAUCUGAGGACGGUGAUCGAGGAGAACGGCAUUGGAAAGAGCUCGCGCUUCAACUUUGAGGCCUUCCGCUUCGUGCAGCACCGUGACCAAGACAAGUCCACCAUUUACCUGCACUGCAUCCUGCGUCUUUGUGAGCCCAACCAGUGUCAGAAACUGGUGAACGCUUGCAACAGUGCAAGGAGGAAGAGAUCACUGGAGCCCUUUGGAUCAUCGUCAACAGAUUCCACAACGAUUACUGCAGGUCCCCUCCACGUCAAGGAUUACGGUGACUCUGAUUCAGCACGAGGUGACACCAAUGUGACAGGACUGGUGGUGGGGCUGAUCUUCGCCUGUGCCGGCGCCGCCCUGGUGGUCAUGGGGGCUUGGUUCAUUCUGAAGAAGUUUUUUGUAAAUGGGCUGCCCCACACCUUCAACUGA